AUGGGAAAGAAAGACAAGAAGUCAGCCGAGCACAAGGCACGCGUUGCUGCAAAGCAAUCCAAGAAGUCGGCCCAAAAAGAGAAGAAGUCAAAGGCUAAAGGCAAAGAUGCCGACAGUGAUGCCGAAGACGCAGAUCUGGAUUCCAUUCUUGCGCAGUACGCUGAGGAGCAAGCCAAGUUCUUAAAGGUCACCGAAAUACCAUCAGGCCCUCCAGCGCCGCGAUCUUCAGCUACAUUGCUUGCAUCUCCCUCCAACCGAAACGAAUUGCUUCUAUUCGGUGGCGAAUACUUUGAUGGAACCCACGCAACUUUCUACAACAAUCUCUACGUCUACCUGAUUGACCGAGGAGAGUGGAGAGAAGUUACCAGUCCUAAUAGUCCAUUGCCAAGAAGUGGUCAUGCGUGGUGUCGAGGAGGCAACAGCGGUGGUGUAUAUCUAUUCGGAGGAGAGUUCUCAUCUCCCAAGCAGGGUACGUUCUAUCAUUACAAUGAUUUUUGGCAUUUGGACCCGGCUACCAGGGAGUGGACCCGCCUAGAGACCAAAGGCAAAGGACCACCAGCACGGAGUGGGCAUCGAAUGACCUACUGGAAGAACUAUAUCUUGGUCUUUGGCGGAUUCCAAGAUACAUCUCAGCAAACAAAAUACCUCCAGGAUCUCUGGGUCUACGACUGUAGCCAGUAUACUUGGUUCAAUCCCACGCUGUCAAUCGCAUCACAAAAGCCUGAUCCUCGAUCUUCGUUUUCAUUCCUCCCACAUGAUAGUGGCGCAGUCAUCUACGGUGGAUACUCCCGCGUGAAGGCCAAUGUCAACACUGGCGGCAAGCAGGCUAAGGCCGGCGCUCAGAAAAUGACUAUGAAGCCUAUGGUACACCAGGACACUUGGUUUCUUCGAAUUAGUCCGCCAGCUGCGGAUGCUCCUGCCAAUAUUGGCCCCACAAUUCGCUGGGAGCGACGAAAGAAGCCUGCUAAUACCCCCAAUCCACCCCGUGCCGGCACAACGAUGGCGUAUCACAAAGGUCGAGGAAUCAUGUUUGGGGGUGUCCAUGAUGUCGAGCUUACUGAAGAGGGAAUCGACAGUGAAUUCUUCGAUUCGAUGUUCGCUUGGACUAUGGAUCGAAAUCGAUUCUUCCCUUUGAGUUUAAGACGGCCUCGAGCUCCGGGCAAGAAGCAGCAAGCAAACCAGGCCGCUAAAUCAAAAGACCGAGCCAAAGCAGACGAAGAGGAACUUUUGAACAAUCUCAAGGCUUUAGAAGCGAAGGGUGGAAUUCGGGGCGACGAUGACGACGACGAAUUCAUGAAAUUGAGCACCCCGAAGGAUGAUGAGCCCAUUGAACCCAGCAAGCCUGCUGUUGUGCGGUUUGAGAUGCCACAUCGGCGUUUCAAUGCCCAACUCGCCGUUCAGGAUGAUACAUUAUUCAUUUAUGGAGGAACUUUCGAAAAGGGUGAUCGUGAGUUUACCUUCGACGACAUGUACUCGAUUGAUUUGGUCAAGCUUGAUGGAGUGAAGGAGAUCUUCUACAGGGAACCUGAGAACUGGAACCUCAUGGACGAAGCAGAAGACAGCGAUGAGGAUAUGGAUGAUGAGGAUGAGGACGAGGAAAUGGAGGAUGAAGAUGGGGAGGCAAUGUCUAUUGAUACUGGCUCACCUGCCCCAACGGAAGUUACAGUGCCGUCCGUUACUCAAGAGAUGCAGCAACUGGAAGUUGAGGAAGAAACAGGAGCUCCAGUUGAUGACGGCCGACCCCAACCGAGGCCUUUCGAGAGUUUGCGAGAAUUCUUCACCCGUACCUCCGAGCAAUGGCAGAAUACACUUCUUGAAGCCCUUAGAAUGAAAGGACAGGCCGAAGGCAAAACGGUCAAAGAGUUGCGAAAAGCGGCAUUCGAUAUGGCAGAAGAAAAGUGGUGGGAUAGCAGAGAGGAAAUCAUGGCCUUGGAGGAUGAACAAGAAGCUGCCGGUAUUGGGGAGGUCGUCAGCAUGGCGGACCGAACGGAAAACGUGGGUGGGGCAGGUCGUCGUCGCUGA